AUGAAGAAAUGCGUAGUACAUUUUCUACAAAACCCGAAAAAUUUUAAUAAUCUGAAUUAGAACUAGACGAAGUAGUAAAUAAAUUUACCUAAUUAAGUGCAUAUCCUGAAUUAUUUCCAAUCAUAACAAAAUCAAAGGCUAUCCAAAACUUAAUAUAAUUAUUAAUACACCCAAACACAGAUAUAAUAAUAGACAUAAUAAGCAUAUUGCAUGAAUUAAUAACUACAGAAAUUCAAAAAGAAGAAUAUGGAAAAAAUAUUGAAGAUUUUUAUGAAAAGUUAGUAGAAUAAAACUUACUAAGUUAUUUAAUGA